GACUAACUUAGGAUAUGAUAAACAAUACAUGAUUGAUUAUCGCUUUACGUCGUCGGACAGCAAAUUUUCUACAAAAUUACACAUCAAUAUCUCCUUCGAAAGAGUCUUAUUUUGUUCUUUAGAAUAUUAAAGUGACUGCAUAUAAUUUUCUCGAAGGAAUCAUUCGAAUAAAGUGUUAAUAUGUGCUGUGGAUUAGGCGCUUUGGCGUGUUGCUUUGGUUCAGCAGCCUGCUCUUGUUGCUGUGCUGCCUGCCCAUCAUGCAAGAACUCAACAUCCACCAGGAUCGUCUAUGGCCUCUUCUUGCUGGUUGGAGCCGUUGUCUCGGCCGUAUUCCUCUUGCCGCAGGUCGAUAAGGCACUGUCCAAUUCUCCGUUACUAUGCCAGGACGUGGCCAUCAUUGGGCAGCUGGUUCCAACUGAGAUCUGCGAAAGACUGGCUGGCUAUCGUUCCGUCUAUCGAGUGAGCUUUGGUGUCGCCGCUUUCUUCUUUCUCCUCUCUAUCAUCAUGAUCAAUGUGAAGAGUAGCAAAGAUAUGCGUGCUCCAAUCCAAAAUGGGUUCUGGUUUUUCAAGUUCCUUGUGAUGUGCGGUCUGUGUGUAGCAGCAUUUUUCAUCCCCAACGGAUCCUUUGAGAAUGUGUUCAUGUACUUUGGAAUGAUUGGAGCGUUCUCCUUCAUCGUCAUCCAGCUGGUUCUUCUGGUCGACUUCGCCCAUUCUUGGAAUGAGAGCUGGGUUGGUCGCAUGGAGGAUUCUGAGCACAAGGGCUGGUACUGUGCUCUGAUGUCAUCUACCAUUAUCAUGUAUCUGGUUGCUCUGACGGGAUUCAUUCUCUUCUACAUAUUCUACAUUGGAACUGGGAAUCAAUGCUCCCUUCAUAAGUUCUUCAUCAGUUUCAACCUGAUCAUGUGUGUUGUCAUGUCUGUUGUAUCCAUCCUACCCAAGGUCCAGGAAGCCAUGCCACGAUCUGGUCUUCUCCAGUCAGCUGUGAUUUCCAUGUACACCAUGUACCUGACCUGGUCAUCUAUGAGCAACAACCCUGACAUGACUUGCAACCCAAGCAUCACCACCAUCAUCCAUGGAACAGGUAAUAGUACCGUUCACAACGAAGAUGUCGGCAGUGCAGAGAACUGGGCUAGCUUUGCUAUCUGGCUCAUUUGCCUCAUCUAUGCCUGCAUCCGGACUGCAAGCACCAACAAUGUUGGAAAGCUGACUGGCAGUGAGGAUGGUCUACAAUAUGGAACUAAUGAGAAAACUCUGCUUGGGUCUACAAAUUCAAGUGCUGGUGACUCCAAACCCGCUGAUGGAGACGCAGAGAAAUGGGGCCAGGAGGUGUAUGAUAACGAGGAUGAGGGCGUGUCCUACAGCUACACCUUCUUCCAUAUCAUGCUCAUGCUCGCUGCAUUCUACAUGAUGAUGACCCUCACCAGCUGGUUCCAGCCGUCGGGAGCCAACUUUGAUUCCCUGGCUGCUAACAGCGGCGCUAUGUGGGUUAAGAUAUCAUCCAGCUGGGUGUGUGCCGCCCUCUAUCUCUGGACCUUGGUCGCUCCCAUCAUUCUGAGUGACAGAGACUUCAACUAGGUAUCUUGCUGAAUGAUGAGGUUUGUGGGAUGGCAAUUCAAAGAGUGAAGUGAAACCAAAAGCAUCCACUUUGUAUUUGCUGAUAAGGAUCGCGGUUUAUAUGAUACACAGAUAAAUACAUUUGUGUUUUAGAAUUUCCUCUGCUAUUUAACUGGAUUAUACGAGAUCAUGAGUACAUUCACAUGUUUAUCUAUAAUAUUUCAAACAAUGCCAGUUUACAAUAAAAAAAGAAAACAAAGAGAAAUUUUGUAAUGCAGAUUUAUUAAUAAUAUAAAGAUUAAUAUGCCACUCGGCUGAAGAUAGUGAUAAUAUCUUGUGUGGUUUGGUGGAUCGAUUUAAAAAUGAAAUGAGAAAACCUUUGUAAAUAAAUUAAAAAUUAUCUGUGUAUUGGUACAUUUAUUAUUUGAUUACAUUACUGACUGGUAUUAAGUAUGACUUAUUUUAUUAUAUAUAUUUGAUUUGUGUCAUGUAUCCCUAUAAAAAAAAAAAAUUCUUACAAUAACAAUAUGAGAUCAUACAAAAUAUGAGAAUUUUCAGAGGGUUAUAGAUUUUCCGGCAUACCCCCCCCCCCUUCCAUUUGAUUGUGAAAAUUAUGAUCAGUUUUGUUUGGUUAACUUGUUUUCUUCUCAGAACAUUAUUAUAUUUUCAUAUUUACAUACACUAUUGAAAUGGAAGUAAAUGAAUCUAAAAGUAUGCAUCAGUUGCAGAUAUAUCCAGUGAGUAGCAUGCUUGUUCAUGUUUAUAAUGUAAUAGACGAAGUAGUGUUUGAUAUGGACAUUUUUCAACUUGAAUGAAAGACUUACAGAAAUUCAAUUGUAGUAUAAAUGAGGGGGAGAGGCGAAGAUAAGAAGAAAAUAGAAGGGAUAAGAGGAGGGAGAAGAAACAAAGAAAAAGGGGGAGAGAGGAAAGGGAAAAGAGAGAAAAAUACCCUCUCAGUUUCAUUUAUUUCUUAUUAGAAUUGUGGGAUUAUUAUGCUCAUGGGGAGGAAUCAGCAAAAACAAAUAGAAAUAUAUUAUUUUGUAAAGACACAAAAAAGAUGAAAAAUAGAAAUAUUGCAGUGAUUUUUUUAGGGCAGAGUUGUAAUUGUAAAUAUUCAUAUCAGCACUGUCUAUAUUUGUAUAAGCUUUAUUCCAAUGACUGAUGUGAUUUUUUAAAAUGUCAUUUAGCCUAAAAUGUAAUGUUGGUAUGUUGUAAAAUUUACCAUCUUAUAACCAAUGGUAGAACAUGUAUAUGUAGUUUGUAGAUAUUGUACUUUGGUUACAUGUAUGUAUGGAUUUCUAAAUAAUUUGAAAAAAAAGGUAUUUGUCAACUCAAAGGUCUCUCACUAUAAUCAAAUCAUAAACCCUGCUGGGAACAUGCUUAAAUUAACAAUGGGGUGGGGGGGGGGAUAGUGGUGGUGACUUCUUCUAUUAAACCUUCUUGUCAAUUCAUUUGGUACAAUGUUGAAGAAGAUGAAGGAUUUGUCUAUUUUUUUAUGAUAGGAGGCAGUAGUCUGCAAAGAAUUUAAUCAAAUUUUAGUAAAGUUAAAAUAAAAAAAAAGUGAAAAUAAUGGGUACACAUUUAUAAUGCAUUUCUUAGAUAUCAUAAAACUAUAAGAUUAAGUUUGAAGGAAUUUUUCAAAUUCUGAAUCUGAAGGAAAAUCAAUCUUUUAUUUCUCAUACAAAAGUACUGCAAUUUAUGACUGAACAUUUCCAGAGGUCUGCAAAGUAUACAUACACACUUCAACUUAUUGAAAUCUAUUUGCCAUUGUAUUAUUGCAGUACCUGUACAUGUAGGUGCGAUGCUGUUAUUCUGAGGAUUUGCAAGGCUGCCAAGUGAAACCAGAGCCAUUUAUGAUUUAACAGUUUUAGAGGCUCGAUAAAGUAUAAUAUGCACUUCAUAUCUAUUUGCAAUGGAUGCAUUAUAACAUUGUGAUGGAUGUUGUACCAUCAUUCAAAUCCAAACGUAUAUACAUGUAUUACAUGUUUAAAUGAAUUUCUUGAUGUUACCUUGGUGUAUUGAUAUUACCUAUGUGAAUAUGUGAUGACAUUGUGGAUAUAUGCAGUUGGCAAGCUUAAUGAACCUCUUAAAAAUCAUAGAAGAAAAAAUAUUUGAAAAAAUAUUGUUUAUUUCAUUGGUAGGAGUACAACACACAAAAAAAAUUAUCUUGCUUCAUUUUUUCUUUCACUCUGCCCAAGGGUCAUGUGGUCCAGUGGUUAGAGCAUUGGACUCAUAAUUGCAAGGUUGCGAGUUCGAAUCCCAACUCUGCCAUUAUCGCCACUUUGAUAAAAAGGCCCGAGAGUGAUAUCUGUCGUCUAUAACGUCAGCCACUAUGACUGAUUAAUCAAGACGUAAAGUGUUUCCUAGGUAAUUGGUUAUAUACCAGCUCGGCGUUUACCAGCAAAAUGCUGUCCUGCCGAGUUCCUGCGGGAGUUACCAUAAAGCAGAAAGCAAAGUCGCGCCAAUGAAAUUGACUCCGACCAACCAAUCAACAUAAUUGCUUUGAUUGGUUUAGUCCGAUUUCUUUGAUGUUACUGCUACAUCAUUUCCUUUUCUUAAACCUUUACUCUCUCUUUCUCUCUUCUUUUCCUAAAGCCUCCUUACUUUGAUGACAUCUUAACACUUCAAUAACUUGUAUUGGCCAGUUUGAUGGGUAAAAUCUAAUCACACAUAUGCUCAUUAUAUUUGAAAAUCGCAAUAUUUAACUUUAUUUAGUUAACAAAUAAAAGCUCUUAUUAAUGUA